ACUUUAAAUAAAAAACUUUUUUGUCUAAAUCCUGAAUUAUAAUAAUAUAUAAUAGAAUAAACACACUCUGACACACAAAGACCUGCACACAGAUCAAAGUCCCCAUCAUAAAUAAAUGUAAUUACCAACCACAUCUCAUGCUUAGAAAAUCAGGGACUGGACUACUCUACACUUCACAGCAAAACAUCUCAUUAAAUACACCAAAACAACGGAAGAAGGUGAAGGGAAGAAUGAAGUGCUGGGGGGACAUGAGGAGGUCCGACUGGGUCUUUCCCACGGCCAUACUCUCUCUUUAUGGUUUCUUUGCCAACUGCAGACCGGCAGAGCCUUUUCUUACUCCUUACCUGGUGGGGCCCAAAAACAUUUCAGAGGAAGUGGUAACAAACUACCUGUUUCCUAUCUGGACAUAUUCAUAUCUGUCCCUUCUCUGCCCAAUUUUCCUGUUAACAGAUUUCCUGAGAUAUAAACCUAUUAUAGUAACUCAAGGUCUCUUUCUAGUCAUAAAUUACGUGCUACUUUGCUUCGCAAACAGCCUGACUGCAAUGACCUACCUGCAGUUCAACUUUGCAAUGGUCACCUCUACAGAGGUGGGCUACUUUUCAUAUAUCUACAGCGUCAUACCCCCAGAACGCUACCAGCAAGCUACAGGAUAUGUCCGUAGUGCUAUGCUGACUGGAUAUACAUUUGGAGCAACGUUAGGCCAGCUGCUAAUAUCAUUGGCCGAUACAAGCUACUUCCAUAUAAACACAAUCACUUUGGGACUCAUGGGGGUAGCGUUACUCAUCUCUCUAAGCCUGCCAAUGCCCAAAAAAAGAUUGUUUUUCAAAAGUGGGUCUGGGGUGUCUGUGGACACUCUGGAUGAAGAGGCAUCUGAGGGAGGAAAGGACACCAAGGAAAGAUGCUUUGCUUGGGAAAACCUUAAACGUUCUGGGAAGCAAUUGUGGGAGUGUCUUCGAGUAUCCUACUCCUCGAUGAAAAUGCUAAAGUGGUCCCUCUGGUGGGCUCUGGCAACAGCUGGAUACGGGCAGGUUUUCAACUAUGUGCAGCUGAUGUGGGACCACAUCGAGCCCUCCAGUACGUCAUCUGUUUAUAAUGGUGGAGUGGAGGCGGUCUGCACUCUUGUAGGUGCAGCAGCAGCCUUCUCUGUGGGCCAUAUCAGAAUUCAGUGGGGCAUGUGGGGUGAGCUCUCUCUGGGUGUAUUCUCUGCUAUAGGUGCUGGGUGUGUCUUUCUUAUGGGUCUCACCAAAAACAUUUGGCUGUGUUACACUGGUUAUGCGAUCUUCAAAGCCUCAUACAUGUUCCUUAUCACAAUGACAAUGUUUCAGAUAGCGGUUAACCUCUCUAUGGAAUGUUAUGCUCUAACCUUUGGCAUAAACACCUUUUUUGCUCUUACUUUACAAACUAUACUUACUGCUGUUGUCGUGGACAAUUCAGCACUGGGACUGGACAUUGUAACACAGUUCCUUGUAUAUGGAGGUUACUACUGCAUCAUCUCUGUCCUCUUCCUAACCCAAGGUGUGUACACGGUUUGUAAGCACUGCCAUGAAUCUGCAGACAGACCACCCGAGAACACAGACCGACCACCGCAGGAAACUUUGGAAAAGCAACGUGUCCCCGACACACAGCACGCGAAAGAACAUUCAAUACCAUAAGCAACAUACGAAUUUUUUAUUUUUUUUAGCUGAUGCCAGGGUACACUGAUAAUAUACAGUUUAAAGUUUGAUUGUUUUUAAUUAUGAGUAUUAUUAAGUAUUUAUUUCAUAAACGCUGUUUCCUAUCGAACGUAUUGUGAAGAUUGUAAUGUUAUGCUACAGAAUCAACAGUUAUGUGUUUUAUUUUAUACAUACAGAAAACAGUUACAAGUAAACACAAGUACUUUGUUUGUCAACAUUUACAUAGAGCGGUCUCCUGUGCUUCAUUUGUAUAUAACACCGGAAGUUUUUUAAACGCGUCGAAGUGAAUAGCGGACGUGAUGUCACACCCGAAGUGCACAGUGGGUAUUGCAGUCAUAUAACGUACAAAGGCAAAUUCCAUAAUUCACGUCUAUUCGUUUAUAUUGAUA